UAUCGGGUACGCUAGGCACAUUUUUGAAAGCUAUCUUUAUAAAUGAUUAACUAUGUUGGAGUUCUAGUUUUGGAAAGGGCAUGCUAUAGUUACGUGGAAAGUAUUCUUUUCAUAGAUCCCUUAUCAGUAAUGUCAAAUUAAUGAAGUAUCAUUCUGUAGAUCAUGCAAAUUGGUAGUUAAGCAACUAAAUGCUGAAUAGUGCAUAAAAGAAAAUGCUUUAAGAAAUGUAUUGAAGCGCUGCCAUCUUGCGUCCCUGCAUCUGUGCAUUUAUUCUCAGCUGGUCUGCCCAAGACCUCCUGAGCACCGGCCCUAGUCUCCCGCAUGGCCCUGUUUCCUCUCCCACAAGAUGAAAGAAACUAGCAUGAACCAGGAGAAACUCGCCAAACUGCAGACAAAAGUGUGCAUUUGUGGGAAAGGAACUGCUUGCAGAAAGAACGUGGUUCACAGAAUAGUUACAACAGAUGAUAAAAAAAAAAAAAAACUUCAGUUCUCCUUUAAAAAGUUAAGGGUAAACAAUAUCUCUGGUAUCGAAGAGAUGAAUAUGUUCACAAACCAAGAAACAGUGAUCCACUUGAACAACCCUGAAAUUCAAGUCUCUCUGGCAGCAAACACUUUCACUAUCACAGGCCACACUGAGACCAAGCAGCUGACAGAAAUGCUACCAGGCAUCUUAACCCAACUCGGUGCAGACAGUCUGACUAGGUUAAGGACACUGGCUGAAGCUCUGCCCAAACCAUCUGUGGAUAGAAAAGCACCGCUUGCUACCGGAGAGGAUGAUGAUUAAGUUCCAGAUCUUGUGGAGAAUUUUGAUGAGGCUUCCAAGAAUGAAGCAAACUGAAUUGAGUCAACUUCUGAAGAAGAUAAAACUUGAAGAAGUUACUGGGAGCUGCUAUUUUAUAUUAUAACUGCUUUUUAAAAUUUUGUUCAUGGAUCUGAUAAAAUCUCGAUCUUUAAUAUUUUUAAGCCUAAGGCCCUUGGACACUGCAGCUCUUUUCAGUUUUUACUUAUACACAAA